AUGAAGUUUUGUGCCAGCAUUUCUGGCAAAGACUUUAUGGAGCUCUUUAUUCACAUCUGCAGCACCGUAUCAAAGCUGGAGAGAAUCUGUGUGCUCCACAUGUGCCCACAAGUGUGCUUCAGGCCUGAUGACUGCAGGGUCAUCUGUGAUGCUAGAGUGUGGUGUGAGGUGAGGCGGGACUUCUUCCACUGGUUUCACAUGAAAGAUGUUUCAGAGGAGUUUAAUGAGAUUUAUUUAGAGCUGCUAUCUCAGCAUUUGUUCAGAGCGGUGAGAAGCACAGGGAAUGCCUCUGCCCUGAAGCCCCAGUUGACCAAUAAGUGGCUCCCCCACCUCGCCGUGGCUGUGGAGCUGCCAUUGCCCACAGGUUGGACUCUUGUUGUGGUACACAGUCGAUUGUCGCCUGUGAGGUUGCUUCCCAGAAUGGUGUUGGAAGAUUUCCUGGAGCCCAGUGUGCAAGCCCAUGAUGUUAGUGUUUAUCUUCCUGCUUUGAAGACUCUGAAGAGCACUAUAGAAAGGCUAGCAAACUUGGGUGAUCAAGUGCUGGUUGAAGCAAAUCUAAAUGGCAAAAUGAACUUGAGGGUACAAACUGAUGUGUCUAUUAAAAGUUAUUUUAACAAUUUUGGAAAUCCUUCCAAGUCUGCUCAGGAUAUGCCUCAAGAUAGAAACCCUGAGAAUAUGUUGCAAGUACUAGUGGAAAGUAGGAAGCUUCUGUAGUUUUUCGAGGGAAGCAAAAUAAAUCCUACAAUAGCCUUAUGCAAUAUUUUGAGCAAUACUCUUCUUCAUCUUGUUUUGGUUCAUGAAGAUGUCUCUUUUCAGUGUUUUAUUUUUGCUUAUAAAAAUUCAAGCGGCCUAUUAGUCAGCGUCCGGAGUGACUGUCCCCAGUCACUGCAGGGCUGCAGUCUCCCAGAGCCUCUGGAGUUGCACAUUGCUUCUUCCAUAUGGUCAGCUUGCACGGCAUUGAUGAAUCAGCUCCCAGUUUCAAGAUGCUGGCUUCAUUUUGCUGUGGUGAAUCCAGAGACCCACCUCGGUUAUCUUUACUUCAGUAGGGGUGGACGGAAUGACAGUGAACGGGCCCCUUCAGAGGGAUUUUAG